GGAAAACAGACUAGAGCAAGGGGGGGAAAUGGUGUCUUUGUGUCUCUACAGUUCAAUCCCUCCAAUUCUUCCGUUCCAAAGGACGGUUACCACUCCGGACAGUCACGGCCAUGGUUUCCCAUCCAACCCUAAAAGCCCACUGCUCAAAUUCCCUGACUUUUUCUCUUUUUCGGAUUCUCGGUUCUCGGUGUAUUGCAGAAGCCAAACCCUAGACGAUCCUCCUCUCUCCAGCUCCGCCGCUUAUGCCGUCCUAGGCCUCGAGACAAGCUGCUCAGCCGCUGAGCUCAAAGCCGCGUUCCGGGCCAAAGUCAAGAAAUAUCAUCCUGAUGUGAACAGAGGUGGGGGAGAUUCAAAUACUAUGAUUCGCCGCGUAAUUCAGGCAUAUGAGAUAUUAACCAAUUACAGCCGGUCAGAGAUCAUAGAAAGGGAAUGUCUAGAUCCAUUUGAUGAACCAGAAUGUGAAGCGAUGGAUCUCUUUGUUAAUGAGGCUCUUUGUAUUGGAAAAGGGUGUCCAUAUUCAUGCAUUAAAAGAGCACCUCAUGCUUUUGCAUUCUCCUCAACUGGGACUGCACGAGCAACUUCACAAGGGCAUGGUGAAGAUUACCAGGUUCAGAUUGCAGUUGGUCAAUGCCCAAGAAGCUGUAUUCACUAUGUAACACCUUCACAGAGAAUUAUUCUAGAGGAGUUACUUGGCAGUAUCUUGAACAUGCCGUACAACAGCUCUGCAGAAGCAGACUUGCUCUAUUCCCUUAUAGUUAAAGCUAGGUUCGAGAACAAUCGGUUCCAGAAACCAAAGAAACAACCCCCCAAGUCUUCAAGUCAACAUGUAGAUUGGUUUUGAUUUUCUUGAAGUGCCGGUCUUCUAUGCCGCUUGGAAUCCAGCUUCACUCGCCGAGCUCAAUGUUUAGCCAACAAGCACUUUUCUUCGGUUGAAAAGUAGUAGAACAAGCCCUUAUUGAAGAUGUUAGGUUCUCCUUUAUACUGAAUCCAACUCCUGAGUGCUGCCUGGCUGUGGAAUCCCAUAGCUGACUGAACAUGGCAGAAAGCUGAGCUAAAAAGGGCUUGUAUGACUGCGGGAACCCAAAUGCUGCCGCCUCCCCUUUCUUCUGUGAAAGCUGGUUAUUAUUUGAUGACAAAUAAAUGGGCAUUCCGUUGGUUCUGUGUAUAUUCGUUUCUGAGUGAGAAUACAGUUGCAUAUUACUACCCUUUUUUAA